ACUGGCAAGAUGGCUGCGUUCCCCUGGUGUUCCAGGAACAGGAAUUACAAGGCUGAGUUUGCAUCCUGCCGGCUGGAGGCAGUGUCGCUGGAAUUUGGCGACUAUCACCCCUUGAAGCCCAUCACUCUGACCGAGUCCAAAGCCAGGAAGGUGAGCCGGAAAGGAAGCACCUCCUCUACCUCCUCCUCGUCCUCUAGCUCCGUGGUGGACCCGCUGAGCAGCGUCCUGGAUGGGACUGACCCGCUCUCCAUGUUUGCCGCCACAGCGGACCCCAUGGCCACAGCCAGCAGUACAGAUAGCUCCAGAAAGAAGCGGGACAGAGAUGAUGGCGUCGUCCUGGGCUCUGACUUUGAGCCUUGGGCCAACAAGCGCGGGGAGAUCCUAGCCCGCUACACCACCACUGAGAAGCUAUCGAUUAAUCUGUUUAUGGGAUCAGAAAAAGGCCGAGCUGGCACAGCCACAUCCGCCAUGUCUGAGAAGGUCCGGAACAGGCUGGAGGAGCUGGAUGACUUCGAGGAGGGGUCCCAGAAGGAGCUGCUGAACCUGACGCAGCAGGAUUACAUGAACCGCAUCGAGGAGCUGAACCAAUCGCUGAGGGAUGCCUGGGCCUCAGACCAAAAAGUGAAGGCUCUCAAAAUAGUCAUCCAGUGCUCCAAAUUACUCUCAGAUACCAGUGUCAUUCAGUUCUACCCCAGCAAGUUUGUCCUCAUCACGGAUAUACUCGACACUUUUGGAAAGCUCGUGUACGAGCGUAUCUUUUCUAUGUGUGUGGAUAACCGCAGUGUCUUACCAGACACCCUUUCUCCUGAGAGUGUCAGCGACACGGCCAAGGAGACGUGCCUCAACUGGUUCUUCAAGAUUGCGUCCAUCAGGGAGCUGGUGCCCAGAUUCUAUGUGGAAGCAUCUAUCCUGAAGUGUAACAAGUUCCUCUCCAAAACGGGGAUUUCAGAGUGUCUGCCUCGACUGACUUGCAUGAUCCGAGGUAUCGGAGACCCACUGGUGUCGGUGUAUGCCCGGGCCUACCUGUGCCGGGUGGGCAUGGAGGUGGCACCUCAGCUCAAGGAAAGCCUCAAUCAGAACUUCUUUGAUUUUCUCCUCACCUUCAAGCAGAUCCAUGGUGACACGGUCCAGAAUCAGCUUGUGGUCCAGGGUGUGGAGCUGCCAUCCUACCUGCCCUUGUAUUCACCGGCCAUGGACUGGAUCUUCCAGUGUAUUUCCUACCGAGCCCCAGAGACUCUGUUAACUGAAAUGAUGGAGCGAUGCAAGAAGCUAGGAAAUAAUGCCUUGUUGCUCAACUCCGUGAUGUCUGCUUUCCGGGCCGAGUUCAUUGCCACCAGGUCCAUGGAUUUCAUCGGUAUGAUUAAAGAGUGCGAAGAGUCCGGCUUCCCCAAGCAUCUUCUUUUUCGCUCCCUGGGGUUAAACUUGGCCUUGGCUGAUCCUCCUGAGGGUGACCGACUUCAGAUUCUCAAUGAAGCUUGGAAAGUGAUAACAAAGUUGAAGAAUCCACAGGACUAUGUGAACUGUGCCGAGGUAUGGGUUGAAUACACCUGCAAGCAUUUCACGAAGCGAGAGCUGAACACGGUCUUGGCUGACGUCAUUAAACACUUAACUCCUGAUCGAGCCUUCGAAGACUCCUACCCUCAGCUUCAGUCAAUAAUUAAAAAAGUGAUUACUCACUUCCAUGACUUCUCAGUGCUUUUCUCUGUGGAAAAAUUCCUGCCAUUUCUGGACAUGUUCCAGAAAGAGAGCGUGCGGGUAGAGGUGUGCAAAUGCAUCAUGGAAGUUUUUAUCAAGCACCAGCAAGAGCCCACCAAGGACCCCGUCAUCCUGAAUGCACUUCUGCACGUCUGCAAGACCAUGCAUGAUUCUGUGAAUGCCCUCACUCUGGAGGAUGAGAAGAGGAUGCUGGCAUAUCUGAUCAACGGGUUCAUAAAAAUGGUGUCCUUUGGCCGAGACUUUGAGCAGCAGCUCAGCUUUUAUGUGGAGGCCCGGUCCAUGUUCUGCAACCUGGAGCCUGUCCUGGUGCAGCUCAUCCACAGCGUGAACCGGUUGGCCAUGGAAACCAGGAAAGUUAUGAAGGGAAAUCAUUCCAGAAAGACAGCUGCGUUCGUCCGGGCCUGCGUUGCCUACUGCUUCAUCACCAUUCCCUCUCUGGGGGGCAUCUUCUCGCGCCUCAACCUCUACUUGCACUCCGGCCAGGUGGCCCUUGCCAACCAGUGCCUCUCACAAGCUGACGCCUUCUUCAAAGCUGCCAUCAGCCUGGUCCCUGAGGUCCCCAAGUCCAUCAGCGUGGAGGGGAAGACGCGGCCAUCAGAGCCAUUUCUGCUCGAGUUUCUCUUCAACUUCUUCUCCACUCUGCUCAUAGUGCCGGAUCACCCUGAGCACGGGGUCCUGUUCCUGGUGCGGGAGCUGCUCAACGUGAUCCAGGACUACACGUGGGAGAGCGGCGGCGAUGACAAAAUCCGCCUGUACACCUGCGUGCUGCACCUGCUAGCUGCCAUGAGCCAGGAGACCUUCCUCUACCACAUUGACCGAGUUGACUCCAACGACAGCCUUUAUGGUGGAGACACAAAGUUCCUGGCCGAGAACACCAAGCUGUGUGAGACAGUGAUGGCACAGAUCCUUGAGCACCUGAAAGCCCUCGCCAAGGACGAGGCCCUGAAGCGUCAGAGCUCGCUGGGCCUGUUGUUUUUCAACAGCAUCUUGGCACACGGCGACCUGCGCAACCACCGGCUCAACCAGCUCUCUGUCAGCCUGUGGCACUUGGCACAGCGGCAUGGCUGUGCUGACCCCCGGAUCAUGGUGAAAACUCUGGAAUAUAUCAAGCAGCAAAGCAGACAACCAGGGAUGGCUCAUCUGACAGAGCUAGCCCUCAGGCUGCCCCUGCAAACUAGGACCUGAACUGAGGCUGGCAUAGGCCCAGGGGCAAGCCCCAAGGCAUACUUAGAGCAACCCACACCCGUGCAAUUCUGUGGCCUGAUCCACCUAGAGCUUCAGGAGCUGGGUUGCCCUGUGGACUUUUCCUGUCUUCGAAAGCUUGGAUCAGUCUCAGACUAUGCCAAAGGAUGGCAGGAGAAAGGGGGUGUCUAAAGUGAGGU